AUUUUAUCAUUUGAUGGAUGUUAGGUAGUGUACGAGCCGUCAAGUGGACUGAACAACUGAAAAGAUAAUGGAUAGAUACGUACUAUUAGUUAGUUUAAAUCCAAAGGAACAUAUCCAAAUAGCGAAUUGCUUUUCUGGACUGGAAAGUGCCAAACAGAUAUAUGACUCUGUCAAAGACAUUGCCAUUUCCAAUUGGACAACAAAGAUCUCUCCAUUUCCACCCUGCUCUCUCGCUGGGACUCCUGUGUCACAGAGAUGGUACUUUGCCAUUCAGGCAAGUCGUGGAUCAUCACAGUUUGCAGAGAGAAGUGCGAAAAACUAAAAACAUCCAGCAGCAGUUCUGCGGGCAGAAAUACGUUGUUAAUGAGAGAGGUCAGAGGACAACGGCCAGACUGGUUGAAGCUGACAGGAAGUUCUGCAGUAUGGACUGGGAGGAGCUGGCGACGGGGGCCCAUAAGAGUGACAGUGAGGAGAUCGGGUUCUCAGCCAUGGAGGCUUGCCACAGUGCGUUAGACGGUCUGGGUGAGGGGGAAGAUAUGGAAGAAGCUGGUUCACAAGCAGAACUAUAUGAAGAGGCUGCUGAAGCCCUGCACCAGUUGUCAGAUAAACUUCCAGCCCCAGGAAAGGCUCUUCUAGAUGUUAUUGUAUUGGCUGCGGAUAAGGAAGCUCCCAAGCUGAAGGAGUUUCUCCCUGUCUUCGGCUCACUGAAGCACAUGCAAGCCUGGCAUUCCGCUAAGAUGACCAUAGUGACAGAGAACAGUGCUGGAUGGCAGAAAACUGCAUCGUAUUUUUCAGCCAUUUUAUGCGGCCCCGACAGAAUUCUCAAUUGUAUCGAUGACAAGGACAUCUGGAGGGGUAGUGUUCUUAUUAAAGAGAAGAAGUUGGUCUCAGAGCUGCGCUUCGGUGGAUUCUGCCUGAAGCACCGGCGCGGGGCCCCGAGGAGCAAGGGGCUCUCUCUCGACCCCUCGCAGAAGCACACGGACCACAAGCAGCUCUGCGAGGUGUUCCACUAUUACCGUCCGGUUCUGGACCUGGUCCAGUUGGUCAGAGUCUCUGACCUUCCCAUCUUCCUGCUCUCCAGCACAGAGUACACACUUGAGUUGUCUGCUAAAUCAAGUAAAUCCAAGCUGCUCCUGGACCAACUGAGAAGUCUUCGGGGAAAGGUGGGGGCGCUGUUCUCAUUAGCCUGCACGGUCAGCUCUCUGGCUGCCCCUCCCACCACCCAACUCAGCAGCCAAAAAUGGAGGGAGUUUGUGGCUCAGAAACCCAAGUCCUGGCCUGUUCCAGAUACGGACGUGAAAGGGGAAAGUGGCCACUACUUCCUGUUGGUGCAGAGGGCGGAGACUGGGGGCUGCACUGCACGGUUGAUACACUCGGCCAAUCAGCUUAACGGAGCAGCUGCCUUGGCAACUGUCAAUGGAAUCCUCAGAGAGAAGACCCAGUCGUCAGACACGAACACUGCGGACUGGUUGCGGUCACUUCCGUGUCUCCAUGGAGACCGGCUGAUUCAGAGGGAGAAGAAGCUGGCGAAGGUGCAGAUGUUGGCCCUGAAGGAAUGCCUUCGCAGGAGAGAGCAGAAGCAGAAGCCGGCCUCGGUGCCCGUGAACGACCUGAAGGUCCUGCUGAGCCUGGCCCGCAAGCAGUACCUGGAGAUGCACGAUUCCUGCCUGCCCAAAGCGGCACUCCUGCUGAAGGAGAAGGAGAACUGCAGCGGCAAGGCUCCAGAAGCGGAGGUGAAGUUCUCGCUGUCUGCAGGCUGGCCCGAGAGAAGCGUGCUUCAGAAUUCGGAGAACCAACGGAAGAACCGCCUGCGGACGAGGUCCAGCCUGAUGCAGGCUGGGGGCUCCAGCGAGAGCCUGCUGGGGCCGAAGGAGGGCCAGAGAGCAGCCCCCGCCCUGCUGGAUGCCCGGGAGCUGCUCAAACACUUCACCUCCGACGGCCAGCCCAGCGGAGAACUGCAGCCUCUGCAGCUAUACAAAGGGGAGCACACCUUCCAGCUGUCUCCAGACCUGACGCCCGGGAAAGUGUCCCAGCUCCCAUUCAACAAGGCUUCCAGCUCCCACUACCACGGCAUAGAGUUCUGUCUGGAUGAACAGAAGGCUUUGGACCGCGACCGGGGCUUCGUGAAGCUGCAGAGCCGCCUCAUUCGCUACGAGACCCACACCACCUGCUCCAAGGACCCCUGCCCUGUGCCUUUCGCCCUCAGCCCCGCCCCGUCUCCGGCAAUGCUCUCUGAGCCGGGCAGCGUCCCGGACGGAGAGGCGCUCCUCGCCGAAGGGAGGGGGGAACCUCGCAGGCUCAAACGCCAGUCCUGGGACACGGACAGUGUCUACCCGCACAAGAGGUUGUCCAAGUCGGAGAGCAGCGAGUCCCUGGCCUCUCAGGGCAGCGGCAGCAGCGGGACCCACCCAGCCGUGCGGGCCCUAAGACAGCAGCGGCCCCGCUCCCAGUCCAACUCCUCCUCAGGCCUGAGACCCGCCCCUGUGGCCCCCACGGCCCCCAAGCCACCAUGCACCCAGGGGAUGCCUCAAACGCAGUCAGGCGACCAGGCCAGCAAAGAGUCCCGCUCGCAGAAACACGUUAGGAUGCUGAAAGAGGUUGUGGCUAAAACAUUGAAACACCAUGGGAUCUCAGAUGAACACAGGAGCUUCAACGCCUGCAGCCAAAGGCUUUUUGAUAUAUCAAAGUUCUAUCUCAAGGAUUUGAAAACCUCCAGAGGACUUCAUGAGGAAAUGAAAAAAGCCGCCAGCAGCAAUGCGAAGCAGGUGAUAGAUUGGGUUCUGGAAAAGGCCUCUAUGAAGUGAGGGAGGGGCCUCCUCUGCAGUGGUUGGUCACUAGUGGCCAAUGAGGUUCUUGGGCUCUGGGACCAUGUGGUCUUGUGUCACCAUGGCAGCCGAGGAAGAAUCUGCAAAUUCAUGUUAUUUUUAAAUAUGUAUUUUAUUCCAUUAAUACAUUUAUCUGUGUGUUAUGUAUCUUGGUUUCCAGACAGGCAGACUUUUUGAAAGUUGUGAUAAAGAGAACUGUUAUGAACAGUCUGCUUUUAAUCAAUCAAAUCAAGGCUGCAGUGAGAAUAUACAAGCAGGGUGGAAGCAUUAACUAAAGAAGUGCUCAAAGCAUUAUUUCUACUUUUAUGAGAACAUUCUGUAUAACGCAGGGGCUCAAGGAUACCCUUUAAUAUGCAAAUAUGUCAUAUUCUAUUUCUGCGAUUGUCUGAAAUGGUUCUGUAUCUGUAUUUUUUUUACAAAUAUUGUCAAUAUACUAUGCAUUAAAGUGUUUGUUUUAAAUCAUUAA